AUGAUGCCCGUCGACAAAUUGAUAAUAUGUGCUGGAGAAGAAGCAAAAGCAGGACAUGAAUUUCGUGUUCGUGCAUCAAAUGAAUAUUAUCAAGAAAAUGCUCGUGUACCACAAGAAAAAUUUGGUGAACAACCUAAAUAUGAUAUUGAUGAAUAUUGGCGUGCUAUACAUGUUUUACAAACACAAUAUACAUUACAAAUAAUUCGUUGUAAUUCAAUUGAAUGUUGCGGAUCAUGGCGUUCAAAUUAUAAUGAAGUAUUUCCUCAUCGAUUUUUACCAGCACCUGUACCAUUUGAACGUACACCAUAUGGUAUUAGAAUGGCAGAAAGAGAUUAUUAA